AAAUUUGGAGUUAUUUUAAAGUUUUGACUGGUAGUGUAGUGUAUGCUAGAUUCAGGUCCAACAUGUUAAAUUAAAAAAUAUAUAUGUGUGUUUGUGUGUAUAAAAUGAAAAAGUUCCUGCACUAGAAGUAGCCUGCUGUUAUUUAAAGACACUUGUUAUGAGAGCUUUUAACCACUAGAUGGAGACAAACUCAAAUAUAUAGACAUUAAUGAGAGAUGCCCAGUUAACUUUAUUUAAUGCAUUAUUUUAUCAUUUUACAGAAUAAUUUUAAAGCUUUUAUUGUUUUUCAUUAAAUAAUUAUUUUUAAUUUUGCUUACUUAAAUAUAAAAUAUAUGACACUUAAACAUAAAACUAUGUAAAUAAUGUAAUGUUUAUAAUAAAGUGUUAGAGCAUAAUUAAGAGAAACGGAAAACACAUUUAAUCCAAUUUUAUGCUUUUUAUAUUAUAGGGUGGGGUUGAAUGUCUUGGGAGACCAUAACAUCUACUGUAAAAAAAAAAUGCAGCGUUUUUGUCAAAUCAACAUAUAUUUUUAUGUUACUUAGCAUUAAGUUAAGCAAUUUUAACUUGUUUUUAUAAGUUAUGUCAACUUAUCACUUAAAAUAGUAGGUUGAAUUGAAUUGCAAAACCAUGUUGUUUUAAAGUGCACCUAUUUCGUUGCUAAAAAAACAACAUUAUUUUGUUUAUUUGGUAUAAUCUAAUGUGUUUGUGUGGUUUAUACGGAGCCUCUAAGGGGACAUGGAGCAAAAAUUAAAUUAAGUUUAGUUUCGCAUGCGCACGUGAAACUAUCAAGUCAUCUUUACUUUGGGGUUUGUACCUUUUGCAUAUCGUUAACAUACUAAUACAAAUUACACACCAAAGAAAAUUUAAAAACAUGAAUCGGACCAGGUGCACUUUAACUGCAUUUUUUUUCAGUGAAUAACUUGCUUUAAGAACGACCACCUAAUUUGGAAAAUGCUUUAAAUGCUUAAAAUACUUUGCAUUUAAUCUAAACACUUUUUUAAAAUAGUCCCUAUACUUACCGUUUGUGCUAUUUAAUAUUUUUUAUGACUUUACGAUUAUUUUAAAGCAGAAAACAAAACUCCCAACAGAUAUGCAUGAUUAAAAUCUUGAAGGGGAGGGGCAACAUCUACGCCCUCUACUAAAAAUCUAUAAAACCUGCAGUUUGGUUUUAGCUUCCACACAGAAUCUGCUUUACACAAUGCAAACUGAGAGGCGAGUGCAUUCACAUUCAGAUAUAAAAGUAUAAGUGGCUUUGUGUAUAAAUGUACUAGAAGGUAGCCUGUGUUUAGUCGUCUCUCGUGAUGAAUCUCACAGCAGUGAAUCAAACCAGAGACUGUCUUGAAUAUACCUGUCCGGAAAGAUCAGUUUCUUUCCCCGUCUACGUGCUCCUCUAUGUGGCCGCAGCCGCUGUGGUUCUUCUGACCGUGUGUGGAAACCUUCUGGUCAUCAUCUCCGUCAGUCACUUUAAACAGCUCCACACACCUGCUAACAUCCUCAUCCUCUCUUUGGCCGUGUCCGAUGUCCUGGUUGGAUUUUUUGUAAUGCCAUUUCAUUUGAUUUGGCUGAUCGAGUCAUGUUGGACUUCGGGACCACUUUUCUGCUCGAUAUUUAAUUUUGUGGCUUUUCUAGUCACCAGUGUUUCUGUUCACACCGUGGCUCUGAUAGCAUUUGAUCGAUUUUUGGCCUUGAAUUAUCCUUUCUUCUAUUGUGAGAAGAUCACACCCACUGUGGUCUGCAUAGCAACUUUGUUUAACUGGUUGUUUUCUCUCCUUUAUAAUUUCACUAUUCUUUAUAUUAAUGGGAACUUCACUGAUUUCAUGUGUCCGGGUGCAUGUCUUUUUAUUGUGGAUGAGGUCUCAUGCCUGAUUGAUCUCCUUAUUGUGUUUCUUUUACCAUGUACUCUCAUUGUAAUAUUAUACUCACACGUCUUUGUGCUUGCUAAGAAACAUGCAACUGCUAUAAGAGCGCUGCAGAUUCACCAUAGCACAGAAUCCUCUAAAAUCCGAAUCGGGGAUUCCAUGAAAUCGGAGCGAAAAGCUGCAUUAGUGCUAGGAAUUCUGAUCUUUGUCUUUUUAUUGUGUUUAUUGCCUUAUUAUAUUUUAUCUUUGACUAAUUUCUUAAGAAAUUACUCAUUUUAUUAUGUUAUCAACAGCGUGUUGAUUCUGUUUUAUCUUAAUUCGUCAAUCAAUCCACUUAUUUAUGCUUUGUUCUAUCCUUGGUUUAAAAAAAGUUUAAAACUUAUUGUAACUUUUAAAGUAUUUAACACAGAUUCUUCACUGGUGAAUGUGAUCUCUGUAAGUUCUUGAAACCCCUGUAUGUCCACUUUGUGUUAUUUGUAUGCUUUUAAUAUCUUAAAUGUAUUUAGUGUACAUCAUUAUUCAUAUUUAUAUAUUUAAAUUAUUUUCUGAAUAGAUGUGGUCUUGGCAUGAUGAGGCUGGUGAAAUUAUAAAGAAAAUAAGUUUAUAAAUAGAUCCAUUUUAGGUUAUAUGGUGAGUGUUGAGUGUUUUUGUCUCAGGAAAUAUCAUAGUACCCCUUACAUUUUAUUGAUAUUCAUAAUGUGUCGCAUUAACAGAUUGUAUUGUCAUGACCUUUACUGUCUGUUUUAUUAAUUAAGUCAUACAGGUGCCUGUCUGCCUAAUCUCUGGGUCCCUCUAUUUACCAGAUCUGAGCUGUGCCAUACCAUCCCAUAACACAUCAUUAUUGUCACAUACUUUAAAAAAAAUGGUUUGA